GCCAGAGGCGGGGAGGUGCGGCGCGAGCGUGCGGACGGGAGCGGUGUGGUGACGCGGAACGCCGCCGCACUGCGGCACCAGUGUGAGGGAGGUCCGACAUGCGUCAAUCGGCGGUCUAAGGGGGCGGCGAUGGCCGAAGCGAUCUCGGCCGGGGCGCCGGCGGUCGAGGCCGUUCUGGCCGAACCGUCGACGGCUGCGCUCGCCAGCAGUGAGCCGGCCCGGCCGCCGAUGCAGACCACUGUCUCCCGUUUUGUCAACGCUGUGCCCAAGCUGGAGAGAAAGCACAGUAGCGGGGACCUGCACAGUCGUCUGAAGACGCGGAAGGUGCUGGGCGUCGGAGCGACAGACAACGGCGAUGUCCAUCGGUCAAAGAUCUCGCAGGUGCUCGGCCAUAACGAGCACCUGUACGUGCGCUUUCCGCGCGGCCUGCUUGGCUGGUACCUGAUGCUGACCUGCGGUUUGGGUCUGCACGGCGGCCUGCUGGUGGUCAGCCCGGCCUGGGCCGCCCAGCUGCAGCUGCUGGCCGUCACCCAGCAGGACGCGCCGGCGCUGGCGCUGGUCAGCAGGGGCUACGGCAUCACGCUAAUAGGUCUGAGCCACCUGCUGUACGCGGUGUACGCCACCUCGGACAAGGUUAUCAUCCGCAGCGGCUUGGGCGUGCUCAUCCUGACGGACGCCUGCGCGUUCGGCACUCAGCUGACCUCGAUCUUCCAGACGGGUGACUGGGGCCGCUGGAGUCUGGUGCACCUGGCACUGCGCGGCCUUUCCGCCGGCGUCUCGCUGCUCUACCUAAAUCUCAGCCGUAACUACUACGCCGGCGUGCGGAAGUCGCCCACGCUGGCCGCUGCUGCCGCCACCGCCACCGCCGCCGCCGACGGCGUGGACGCCAGGAAGAAGUCGCUGUAGGCACGUCGCGCGGGCCGUUGCUACAGCGGCUGGGCGGUGGAUUGGGGCGGCGGACCGCCACUCGGGCCGGCAGGCUGGGGUGGCGGACGGGCCAACCCCGGCCGCUGUGGCUCGUGAGGCGGACUGGAGCGCUUACGAACCUGCCACGCCUGGCGAAGUGGAGCUCGCAUGCGCCGCCGUCAAGUGCAGAGGACUGCGAGCGCGGCGCGGGAUGAAAGGCUUGAGCGGACGCGCCGGCGGCGGUCCAGAUGCCGUGAGGUCGGGACGGAGCCGCGGCCGGCGGUCGUCCCCCGAUAGUUAGGAGUGUUGUGUGGACGCGUCCUGAGGACGGAUCGCCGCAACCAGCCACUGCAGGCGGACGUGGCGUGUUUCCGGCGGCGGUGUGGCCCCUAGUGAAGCGGUUCAGGUGUCACUUGGCCAGGCCAGCUGAGGUGUGGUGUAGUGGACUGUUGCUGUACUGGACUGCACGGUGAUUUGGUUCUUGUAACGCGAUUAGACACGACUGCUAAGCCACGUGGAAAGCGACGCAGCGGCGCGUGCGACACCUGCCGUUGGGGGCCGUGACCUACGGUAAGGGGUGUGAGCCGUGCGUUCGAAUGCCCGGCUAGUGUGGGUGACCGACGAUGGAGCGUCCCAGUCCGGACGCUGCCAGUAGGGACGGCACGCGCCUCCGCCGGCGAGCAGAGCACGGUAUUUUUGCAGCCUCGCGCGCCCCUCCUCGACGUGUCAGCUCCCCCACGUGGUUGUGUAACCCGUUGGUGGACGCGAGAUCUUCGCGCCCGGCCGGCUAUCUCGUCCGAUGACGUCAAGUGUUGCCUCCAUGUCUAUAGGCGAGCAAACGGAGUCAUGUCCGACGUUUGUCAGCCCCAGUGCAUACGUCCUUUCCCGGCCACCGACCCGGCCGGUGCACGAGGGCCGACGUCUGGCUGUGCCGGUGCGUGGGAGGUCGGACGGGCCCGGGGUCUGCCCGCGGCCCAGUGAGCCCUGGCCGGCGGCUGGCUGUGCCGGUGCGUGGGAUGGGGGGUCAGAUGGGCCCGGGGCCUGCCCGCGGCCCAGUGAGCCCUGGCCGGCGGCUGGCUGUGCCGGUGCGUGGGGGGUCGGGUGGGCCCGGGACCUGCCCGCGGCCCAGUGAGCCCUGGCCGGCGUCUGGCUGUGCCGGUGCGUGGAGGGUCGGGUGGGCCCGGGGCCUGCCCGCGGCCCAGUGAGCCCUGGCCGGCGGCUGGCUGUGCCGGUGCGUGGGGGGUCGGGUGGGCCCGGGGCCUGCCCGCGGCCCAGUGAGCCCUGACCGGCGGCUGGAGCCCCGGACGCUGCGGUGGCGCGCGGAGGAGUGACCUGAGCCCACUCACGCCGCCGGCGCGACGCUCCGUCGCAGGCGCGACGCUCCGUCGCAGGCGCGACGCUCCGUGCGCCGACACAUACGCAGACGAAACUGGGUAAUCUGUAGAAAGUCAAGUUGUGCAAUGUCCAAGGUAUGGCAUUAUUGUAUCACCAGGUUUUGUUUCGCAUGCAGCGUGCAGCGUGUUGUCCUAGGCGCGUGCACGCUAGAAAGCAAACAUUUUCAUUUUAGCCUAGAAAAUGUUGGUGAGUUAUUGGCGUAUUUGUUGAAGCUUUUUUCGCGUAGUAAGGCUGGACUGAAGUUUUCCACGUCUGUCAUGCAAGUCCAGCGCCGCUGGAGCCAUGUGCUCGGUGUUGGUCCCUUAUUCACUGGAAUCGGUGCAGCACGCCCUGAUGGUUGUAAUGGGAUGAGCUGUCGCUGGCUCCGUUGUACGCUCACCUUCGGCCCUGUGUGACAAUGCCCGGAAACCUCAGCACCACCACCGAACACUCGCCAACAAUACCGUUAACGACAAAUGUUGUUAUUUGACGUCUGUUUUGGCAUUAUGAUAAUUUAAGCGAGUGAGGUGUCGUAUAUAUACUUUUCAUGUAGACCGAGUGGAAACACUUGUGCUUUGUGUUCUACUGUGUAGCCAUUUAAUGGUCAUUGCUUCAGCUGCGUGGGGCCAGAAAGCUACUGCAUGUACAUGUCUGUACUAGCAAUGACGGUGUGCUUUAAACAGCACUGCGUCUCUUCUCGUGCGAUGAAAGUGAAAUUCGGUGUGAAAUGCCACAAGCACUUCAACUAUGCGGUACUCGCAUGUCUUGCAGUUCCUUGAGAACUCAUCUUUUGGCUGUUCCCUUUCCUUUCAACCUCCUGUUGACCGUUGUUGUGUUGGACGAAAAUAAAAUGGAUGUGUUUCG